UUCCCUUUCCACUCGCGCUACGUCAGCAGAUGGGGCGGACGCAUGAGGCGGCGAGCGCGUUUUGCGGUUUUGCCCGUCGCCGCGACACGACGCAUCCGCGCGUCCGGAUCGCGCUGGUGCGCGUUGAUCGCGCGUCUCCAGAAACUCAUUCCCCGGCGCGUAUGUACAGUCGUACAUCUCUUCGCUGUUCAGUCGGACGUGUUUUCCUCGCUGUGAAAAGAAUCCCGCCGCGAUGCCGUGCAAAUGCUGUGUACCUCGAUGCCGCGGAAACUACACGGGGGACACGAAGGUGCACGUCUUCAAGUUCCCGAGAGAUCAAGCUCUAAGGGACGCUUGGAUUCGCGCUGUGCCACGGGAAAACCUCACGGUCACCGAACAUUCCAGGGUAUGUGAACUUCAUUUCAUGGACGAGGACAUUAUUCGAGACGCGACGCAUACAGAUCAAGCAACUGGCCGCGUAAUGACAGUGCCGCUAUCUCAUGUGCGCCUUCGCCCAGACGCUGUACCGUCGAAGUUCCCGAAUCAUUCGAGCUACUUGUCCAGAAAGACCGCGAGGAGGGAAGAUCCUGACUCCAAGCGCGCGCGAAUAGAGAAUGCAGCCCUUCAGAAAGCCAUCGCUGAAUCCAACGAGGCAUUUAUCAGAGCACGCGAGGAGGAUAAAGUCAACAGUGUGAGCGAACUUGCCAACCACUUAAGGAGCCAAGGGAUGAAGUUCUGGGAUGUUAUCGAAAGAAAUGAAAGGCUUCUUCUCAUUCACAUUGUCGACGAUGAAGCACCGUGGUUGAAAUACUCUGUUUGCGUGAAAGGAGAUUUGAGCGUGACACUACACGUUAUGAAAACGGCCGUAAAAAAGCUCGGUGCAAAUCUCUGCGUUCCCGAAAUCGCUAACAGUAAAAGGGGUAUGGUGGAACUCCUGGAAGGCAUCGAGAAGUGGGACUGUGACCUGAUGUCCAACUCAGUCGCCGAAAUUUGCGAGGCUGUUUGUUUACUGCUUGAUCAGCUUUGCACGUCCCAAGCAGAAGAUGACGCCAACUGUAUUCAAUUUCUGAAAGAGCAAGUCACCUUGCACCUAUCGAAAAAACAGCGCAGGCGCUACUCUGCUGAUUUCAUGAUGUUUUGCUGUAUUGUUUUCACUAUAUCGCCCCAUGCAUACGCGUUCAUACGUAGCCAUGGAAGCAUCACCUUGCCGCAUCAUAUGACGAUAAGAUCAGUGUGCUCGUCUUAUGGUAUGAGUCCUCAACAAGAGCAUCAGAGUGAAACAUUCCUCAGCUACAUGACAACAAGAAUUUCUGACCUGAAAGAUGACCAGCGCUUUGUCACAGUUAUGGUUGAUGAAAUACAUAUAAAACCUUACUUUGACUACAAAGGAGGCAAUAUUACCGGCGCUGCAAUUAAUAGAAAUGAAGCUGCUAACUGUGCGCUCGUUUUCAUGGUGCGCAGCGUUACGUGUAUAUCCCCAUUCCUCGUGAGCCACGUUGAAGUCUCCCAUAAUGAUGAGCGGUCUCCCAGCUGCGGCUUUAAUUGA